GGGAGACAGCUAAGAAAUCCUUCAGUGGCAUUUAUGUAAUUUAGCCCAAAACCAAGGCUGAUCAUAUUUCCUCACCAAACUAGACUCAUCCACGGUCCAUAUCAUAUCUACGGUGUUCCAACAACGAGUCGCCGCCGGUGACGCCCGUUAGAAUUGCAAACUAAGAAACAAGAGUUUCAAUUCUUCUCCACAGAUUUUGAAUUUCAAAAUUUUCUCAUCUCCAUUACUUCACUCUGCGCUUUCCCUGCUCCAAUUUUUUGUGAGUUCUUGGUCAUGAAUUGAGAUAGAAAUGGUGUUUUUGCUUAAGAAACCAAUCGGGAAAACUACCGGAGGAUCCGUGCCGGUGUACCUGAAUGUGUAUGAUCUAACUGCGAUCAAUGGCUAUGCUUAUUGGCUUGGCCUCGGCGUUUUCCAUUCCGGUGUUCAAGUUCAUGGUGUGGAAUACGCAUUCGGAGCUCACGAGUACUCAACAACGGGGAUUUUUGAAGGAGUGCCGAAGCAAUGCGAUGGUUUUAGAUUUAGGAAGACAAUUUUGGUAGGCAAAACAGAUAUGAAACCAACAGAGGUGAGAGCUUUAAUGGAGGAACUUGCUCAAAUCUACAAGGGAAAUGCUUAUAAUUUAAUCACUAAAAAUUGCAACCAUUUUUGCAAUGAUGCUUGUAUUAAACUCACAGGGAAUUCCAUCCCAAAUUGGGUUAAUCGCCUUGCUAGAAUUGGUUUUCUUUGCAAUUGUGUUCUACCGGUGACCUUAAAUUCAACCAGAAUCCGACACCACCAAAGAAUUGAAGACAAGGUUGUAACCAUGGAAACAAAGAAGGAAUUAACAAGUGAAUCAACAAAAAUUCCGAGUUCUAAUUCCUCCUCAUCUGCAUCUUCUUCUCCUUGCUUUACCUUUCGCCCAGGGAGAAGUCAGACAAGACGAGCUCCUCCUCCAUCGUCUCCAUUAUUUUCUCAUUCUUCGUCAUCGUCUUCAUGAAGGGAAAGACAUGAUUAGAAUCUCAGCUCCUUGGAAUUUUUUAAUCAUUUCCAUUGGAAGUACUGCUCAAAGAAGCUGAAACAAUCACAAUUUUCAUAUCUUCCUCUGUUAUCUUCUUCUUAAAGAUCAAUUUCCAAUCAGAAGCCAUUGAUCUGUAAGCUUUCAAUUCCCUUUUAAUUGUUUUUCAUGUAUUAUUUCUACUUCUUUUUCUUUUUGCAUUCAUCACCUUUGAAUGAAUGCUCCCAAGAAACAAUUCCAAGUUGUAAAAGUUAAAUCAAUAUUAUUGUGAAAGUUUAAAAUCACAAUUCAUUUCAUAUUCUCAUAAUUUAAAUAAAAGUGUAACUUCUCUUUUGUUA